AUGGAGUGUAGAGGACAGAUCACCGUCACUCAGAGUCCCUCAACGACAGCAGCUCGACCAGAAGAAACAGUCAAAAUCAGCUGUAAAACCAGUAGAGAUGUGUAUGGUGGUGAUCGUUUAUCCUGGUACUUACAGAAACCUGGAGAAGCUCCUAAACUCCUGAUUUAUUACGCAAACACCCUCCAGUCAGGAACUCCAUCUAGAUUCAGUGGCAGUGGAUCUAACAGUGAUUUCACUCUGACCAUCAGUGGAGUCCAGACUGAAGAUGCUGGACAUUAUUACUUGACACCAAGUGGACGGAAAAUAUAUGGCAUCACCCAGUCCAGUCAUGUCUCUCCCAAAACGUGCCGUGAAGAGAAAGGUUGGCGACGAGCACAGGCAAUUUCAGGAAAAGUUGGAGAGCACAGGGGCACCCCUACGUGUCUCAUAUGCACAGAGAAAGUUGCGGUGUAUAAGGGAUACAACGUCAGACGUCAUUACUCAACUAGACAUGCUGAGGAGUAUACAAAAUACCAAGGAGAUGUGAGAAAGAACCGGGUCGCCAAUCUUAAAAAAUGUCUAUUGAGGCAACAAGAUUUAUUCAAGAAAGCAAGCAAAGAGAAUGAAGCAGCAGUCGAAGCUAGCUACGUGGUGAGUGAGAUGAUUGCUAGGGCCGGAAAGCCAUUCAAAGAAGGCGAGUUCAUCAAAAAGUGCAUGUUACUAGCUGCAAGUAAAGUCUGUCCGGAAAAGAAGGGUCAGUUUAGCAACAUCAGCCUUUCAGCUAACACAGUGGCAGAGAAAAUUUCUGACCUGUCAGAAAACAUAUAUGAUCAACUGCGUGAGAAAGCCAAACGUUUUUGUGCAUACUCAGUCGCUCUUGAUGAGAGCACAGACAACACUGACACUGCGCAGCUCGCAGUAUAUGUCCGUGGUGUUGACGACAAUUUUGAAGUGAUCGAGGAGUUGCUCGCAGUGAUUCCAAUGCAUGGUCAGACCACCGCUCAGGAGAUAUUCCACCAGCUGUGUGGUGCUAUUGAGAAUGCCGAUGCUCCUCCUGUACUUCAAAUGGAGCUCAUUGAUCUGCAGUGCAAUUCUGAACUCAAAGCCAAGUUCAGGGAGGUGAGUGGAAACGCAGACAAGCUUGGACAAUUUUUGAGAGAAUUGCCACCCACCUUCCCUGAGCUGUCCAGGAUGUUCAAGCGGACCAUGUGCCUUUUUGGGAGCACAUAUCUAUGUGAAAAGCUCUUCUCCACCAUGAACUUCAAUAAGUCAAAGUACAGGUCCAGACUUACUGAUGAGAAUCUUCAAGCCAUACUGAGGUUUUCAACUGUUUCCUCCCUCAAGCCAAAUGUGUCUCAGCUGUGUGAGAGGAAGCGCUGCCAGGUCUCUGGCAGCAAGGAGUAG